AGCCGCCCGAAAGACGCAUGCGCGAUGGGUUGGUUGUGUUUAUUAACCGGGAAUGGCUAGUAAAGGGUGGAGGGUUGCUUGGCGGGGCUCGGACAGUUAAGCGCACAGCACAUGUUUCUUAGGUUUCAGUAAUGUGACUGCUGAGAUCAUCAUGUCUGCUCUCUGUCCUCCUCCUUCUCCUGCUGUUGCCAAGACGGAAAUUGCACUGAGUGGAGAAUCACCAUUACUAGCUGCCACAUUUGCAUAUUGGGAUAAUAUUCUUGGUCCCAGAGUCAGACAUAUUUGGGCUCCAAAAACAGAACAACAGCUUCUCAGUGAUGGAGAAAUAACAUUCCUUGCAAAUCAUACUCUCAAUGGAGAAAUACUUCGAAAUGCAGAGAGUGGUGCAAUAGAUGUGAAGUUUUUUGUUUUAUCUGAGAAAGGGGUCAUUAUUGUGUCCUUAAUUUUUGAUGGAAAUUGGAAUGGAGACCGAAGUACAUAUGGAUUAUCAAUAAUACUUCCGCAGAGUGAGCUUCAUUUCUACCUUCCCCUACACAGAGUAUGUGUUGACAGAUUGACACACAUUAUAAGGAAAGGAAGGAUAUGGAUGCAUAAGGAAAGACAAGAACAUUUCCAGAAGUCUAUUAUGGAAGGUACAGAAAGAGUGGAAGAUCAAGGCCAGAGUAUCAUUCCAAUGCUGACAGGGGAGGUUAUUCCUGUGAUGGAGCUCCUAUCUUCUAUGAAAUCACACAGUGUUCCAGAAGAAAUAGAUAUAUGUGAUACCGUGCUUAGUGAUGAUGACAUUGGUGACAGUUGUCACGAAAGUUUCCUACUCAAGGCCAUAAGUUCACAUCUGCAAACCUGUGGUUGCUCAGUUGUUAUAGGAAGCAGCGCAGAAAAAGUUAAUAAGAUAGUACGGACACUAUGCCUCUUUCUCACUCCAGCAGAGCGAAAAUGUUCUCGCCUUUGUAGAAACGAAACAUCUUUUAAGUAUGAGUCAGGUCUAUUUGUGCAAGGGUUAUUGAAGGAUGUGACUGGAAGCUUUGUGCUGCCUUUCCGUCAAGUGAUGUAUGCCCCAUACCCUACCACACACAUAGAUGUAGAUGUUAAUACAGUGAAACAGAUGCCUCCAUGCCAUGAACAUAUUUACAAUCAACGACGGUAUAUGAGAUCUGAACUAACUGCAUUUUGGAGAGCUACUUUGGAUGAAGAAAUGCCUCUGGAUACCAUCAUAUAUACAGAUGAAAGUUUUACUCCUGACUUGAAUGUUUUCCAAGAUGUUCAGCAUCAAGACACUUUAGUAAAAGCUUUCCUAGAUCAGGUCUUUCAUUUGAAACCUGGAUUGUCUCUAAGGAAUGUAUUUCUUGCACAGUUCCUCUUAGUCCUUCACAGAAAAGCCUUAACUCUCAUCAAAUACAUUGAAGAUGAUACGCAAAAAGGCAAAAAGCCUUUUAAAUCUCUUCGUAACUUGAAGAUAGACCUGGACUUAACAGCAGAGGGCGAUCUUAACAUAAUAAUGGCUUUUGCCGAAAAGCUCAAACCUGGUUUACAUUCAUUUCUUUUUGGUCAACCUUUUUAUACUAGCGUGCAAGAACACGAUGUCCUAAUGUCAUUUUAAAGACCUUUUAAUAUGUGCUGGUUACAGCCUCAUAAUAUUAUUUGAAAAGUUUUUGUAAAGGGAAAACAGUGCUUCUCUUCAUAAUCACGUGCUGCUUGUCCACUGCAACUGAAUGUAAGUUUACACUACAGCCUGUAGAAGGAAGAGGGAAAAGAAUUUGCUUUCAAAUCUAUUCACCUUAGGCAGGCUCACAGGCUCUACUUUGCUUAA